CAUCCGGAGAGCCUCAAAAUCAGUCGAUGGUGCCAUAUGACAUUCAGCAAGACAAUUACGCCAUAUCUUAUGACAACUUCUCUUUUGAUUAUCUUGACAAUUUUCCAUACGAGCUACAAGUUGACGAAGCGGAAAUAUUCUUAGAUCUAAGUGCAUUGAAUAUCUUCCUUAUUAUAUUAUACGGACUUAUUUUUAUCAUCGGACUUCUUGGAAACUUAUUCGUAAUAUUUGUUAUAAUACGCUUCAAGAGCAUGCGAACAUUGACGAACUACUUUCUCGUGAAUCUGACGUGUGGAGACAUUCUUGUUAUUGUUAUUUGUAUACCUGUGACACUCGGGAGCACCGUCUACAAGAAAUGGAUAUACGGCGAAAUAUUGUGUAAAUUAACUCCCUUUAUUCAAGGAAUAGCAGUCGGUGUGAGUGUGCUUUCUCUAUUGUUCAUCAGCAUUAGUAGAUAUUUUGCUAUUUAUAAACCACUUACAGCAAAGAUUGCGUUCUCCACUAAGAACGUUCGUAUAAUGAUUUGCGUAAUAUGGAUAAUUUCACUUGGUUCAUUCUCACCACUUUUAUUUGUUAAUUCCGUCAAAACCUCGAACUUGUUUGGUUUACUUGAAUCGAAAAUUUGUGAAGAACAGUGGAACAGUCAAUCAGAUAAAAAUGUGUUCAAUUUAUUUGUGUUCAGCGUGCUUUUUGUUUGUCCAUUUAUUAUAAUGCUCGUGGCAUACUCAGUAAUUGGCUAUACACUGUGGUAUGGAAACCCAACAUUAAGGGACGCGUGCAAAAUGCACCAACUCAAAACGAAUCUGAUACUGAAACAACGCAGGAGGACGGUCAAAAUGUUGAUCUGUGUGGUGAUAUGUUUCGGAAUCUGCUGGCUACCAUAUUAUAUUGUAAACCUUUGGAUCGAUUUUAACAUUGGGGACACAUCAAAGACUAGAUUGAUGACGACAGUGUAUACAUAUAUUUAUCCUCUUGUGAUGAUAUUAGGGCUUUCCAAUUCCAAAACAGAAACAAAACUUGGUCCAGUGAAGAUUUUCAUACAUAACCUUUGUUGCUAUUUCAUUAUCUUUAAUGGAAUAAAUAAGCGGCUCAAUCUUGUCACUAACCUAUACUUAAAUGUGCCUCGGCAAAAAUCAAACUUGCCUCAAUAUAUAGAGGAUAUUUGUUUGUUUGUGUGUAAGAUGAAAUUUUAUUUCAUCGAGUGGGCUUUAAAAACAGUAUUCUCACGAGUGGCGAAGCCACGAGUGAGAAUACUGUUUUUUAAAGUUCACGAGAUGAAAUAAAAUUACAUCUUACACAACAAACAGACAAAUUUUCUUUUUAUUUUAUGCUUAAAAACAAGUUAAAACGAAAUUUCCAUAAUUUUAACGUUAAUAUUAAAACUGUUUCCCCCAUUGAGAGCCCCAUUUAUUCGGAAUUUCUCAUUAAAAAAAAGAAGUCUUGAGCUGAAAAAUAAGUCCGCCAAUCAACAUUAAAUGACGGUGAUAUUUAUUAAUUUUAUUAAAAAAAUAUGAAUGAUCGCUUGUUUUGAUAAUAAAAACAAACAAUUCUUGUAGGAGAAAAAGUCCAACCAUCCAUCCAUAUUUCUGUUACUUAGUGCGAAUUUAUAUUAGACCUGGCUUUGUAAAUUGUAAGCGGCUGCCAUUUUUUAAAGUUGUGUAUUUCAUGGGAGGAAAAUAAUUGUGUAAGAUUCAGAGGGAUAUAAUUUGGAUUUGUUAGUCAUACACAUUUUUAAAAGAAAGAAAACUUAUUUGAGGAUUGUAACAGACAAAAAAUAAGUGUUGACAGAUGUGAAAACAUUCAGAAAAGGAGCUAGGAAAAUGGAAAACUUGGAAACCUGCUCAAGAACGCUGGGUUGAUUUAACUUAUUCUUCAGUUAUGGCUGUCAAUGCUUUCAAUUUUUCAUAAAGCAUACGGCAGUUAUUGCUCGUAUGAUACUUUAAUAUGCCCAAAUGUCAUCAAGAGCAGUUUUGCAUGGGGAAGGAAUGUAUUUUUGAGACUGUCAAAAUGAAACAAAAAAACGAAAUUUGGUGAUUGGAAUUUCAUGAAUUUGAAUGAAUAGAAGUAAGUUUUCUUCUUUUUAUUACUUUUGACAUUUAAGUUAUUUAUCAAUUUCAGUUUUGCUUUUUCUUUAAACAGCCUGACAUUGUCAGAAUUGUCAGCAAAAAUAAAAUUGAGGUACCACAUGGGGAAAAUCUUAAAAAAGUAG